GUGGGUGGCCGGGGGAGUUGGGGGUUAUGGCGCGAGGAGGAGUUUAGGUGUGAGCGGCAGAGGGAGAAGGGCAGCGUGGGGGUGAUACAGGGUCGGAUUAUGGAGUGGAGGAGCUUGUGGCGGAUCGAGAAAGGGUUGCCUGUGGUGGACCAGGUGGUGUGGUUGUUGCGGGAACACCAUUUUGUCAUGCACGUUGAGCCUGGCUGGGUGUGCGGUCAGGGUUUUGCGAAGGUCGAAUAGUAAGAGAAGCGCGGGGGAAGGGACCCAGGGGAGCGGGCGGAGGGAGGGUGAACAGGCUGUCGCACAAGCGGGGGAGUCGAUGUGCGGAAAUUGUAAUCUACUAUGAGUGGUGGGGUUGGUAGUAUUGAGGUGUAGGGUUGAAGGGGCGGAGUCAUGCCGAUGAUGGAUGUGGGUGUGCGACAAUCUGCACGGUCGCCAUCGUCGGGUGGCGAUUGCAGCAGCGACGACGACGACUCAAUUUCGGGAGUUUCUAAUGGCAGGGAGCGCAGGCUUAUGUAUCCGAUGCCCCAGUCCCAUUGGUUUCCCCGAUCGUUUUCGUUCGGGCCGUACGUGGCACCGAGAGUUUCUAGGCAGCGUAGUGGAGCCAAUGCACCGGCUAGAGCGUCGUCAAGGCAACAUUUUGGAGCCAGUGCACCGCGAUUGCACAUUCAGGUCACCCGUCCGUUGGCAUACAAGCUUACGAAGGAUAUCGUGGGAACUUAUCAAAACUGCAACCCCGAGUUUGCAUUUUCACCGGAUCUGAAUCCGAAGCGAUACCUGACUGCUCCAUCGACAAUCGUUUCUGAGAAUGGGCUGGACAAUGAGAAGCAUGAUCUUGUGCUGUAUUUCAAUCAAGUUCUAGUGAAUGACGAUGGCACUCGCAGAUAUGUUGUGAAAGAUCUAGUGGGUUCAGGUACCUUCGGACAGGUGGCAAAAUGUUACACGGAGGAGACGAACGAGUACGUUGCAGUGAAGGUGAUAAAGAAUCUUCCAGCUUACUGCACCCAAGCGCGGUUCGAGAUCGGCAUUUUGCACAUGCUGAACAAAGAAUACGAUCCAGAUGACAAGUAUCACAUCGUUAGAAGCCUAGACCAUUUCCAACACCAUGGGCAUCUGUGCAUCGUGUUUGAGCUUCUUACGGAGAACUUGUACGAGUUGUUGAAGAAGACGAGUUUGAAGGGCAUGUCGCUUGUAUUGGUGCGGAUGUUCACCAAGCAGUUACUGAAAUCUCUGAGUUUGCUGCGGGAAGCUAGAGUAAUACAUUGUGAUUUGAAGCCAGAGAACAUUCUUCUUAUUGAGAGUUUUCGGUCAGCGGAUUUGAAGCUUAUCGAUUUCGGAUCAGCGUGUAAGGAAGACCAUACGGUGUACACAUAUAUACAGAGUCGGUUUUACAGAUCCCCCGAGGUACUGCUCGGUCACCGGUAUACGGCCGCUAUUGAUAUGUGGUCGUUAGGGUGUGUGGCGGCUGAGCUUUUCCUGGGACUGCCACUGUUCCCUGGAGCUUGCGACUUCGACAUGCUGCUGUUCAUGAAGGAGAAACUUGAGAGUCAAUCUAGCGAUCAUAUCUUGAGGAAUGCGAAGUAUACCAACAAGUUCUUCAAGCUUCUGACGGCUGCCCCUCAUGCUGAUCACAACCGCAGCGCUUAUCAGCUGUUGACAGUGGAGGAAUAUGAAGCGCGUCAUCAGAAGAAACCAGAGAUUGGGAGGAGGUACUUUCAUGGCACUCUUUCGGAAGUGAUCAUGGGUUUUCACAUGAAGCCCAUGUCAGCGGCCGAGCAGAUUAGAGAGAUUCGGGCUCGAGAGAGCUUUGUGGACUUUCUGAAGGGCUUGAUCGAAUGUGACCCAAGGAGGAGGUGGUCACCUCAGCAGGCCGCACAACAUCCAUUUAUAACUGACGAGCCGUUCACUGGACCUUACGUUCCCGUUCCAGAGACUCCACGGACGCCCGUGAAUCAAAGUCUUCUUAUAGAUCACAGAGGCGCGGCGGGGCACUGGGUUGGUGCAGGCCUUUCUCCCCAAGUUUUAGGAUUGAACUCAGGACCUCGGCAUGGUGCGAAUCCUCAGCAGCACCCGAAUCAGUUUUCGCGAGCCAGUAGCUAUGGCAGUGUGGGCAGUUUUGGGAGUUAUGGAGAAGGCGUGACGAUGGACGGCAACUUCGACAGUUAUGUGGACGAAUCGAGUGCGCAUUUGAUGGGUAUGAAUGCUCAAGCAUCAGCUGUGGGUAGCUCUCCGGAAGCAAGUUGGCAAGGGAGACCCUUCGUACCAUCUAUGCAUCCGCAACAUCCAGUUCUCCGGUCACUAAAUCUGGGGGCCAGCCCAUCGCUCAAUCUAGGAGCGAGCCCAUCUGGGUUUGGGCAUCCAUUCCUGUAUCAGCAGUCUCCUGGUCCUUAUGGUGCGUCACCAGGAUCGUUUCCUUCGUCGCCGGUAUCUAGUUUCUUCCAGUCUAAUGGAUCUCAAUCUCAAGUGGGUUCCCCGAACUGGUAUGGUCCAGCAUCGCCUGCGCGGCAAUUGUUGGAGACAGCAGUGGGUAAUGCGAACGCUGCGCAAGGUCAUUUUCAUCGGAGGCGACCUUGGCAAGCACCCCCUGGUUCCGGUGGGCACGGACAGCAGCAGCAGGUGCAGCAGCAAGAGUUGACGCAUUGGUCGAGGCUUCAGCACGGCAGUGGAAACGCGAACGCGGAUGCAACAUCGAACCUGAAUUUCGAGGGUCAAGGCAGGGUACGGAGAGGUGGUCCUCCUGUACCUCACUCUCGGGGUGCUCGAAAUGGCAGUAGUACGGGGACGACACAGUUGCAGCGAGGGUCAUCCGGUUACGUUCCAGGCACGCUGGGUGCUCAUCUAUCACCGGGAAGUUCCAUAGACGGUGGAGAUGAGGAUUCUGCAGUGAGCAUUCACUGGGAUCCCGAUUUCAGUGAUGAACUACUUAACGAGGAUGCCCAAGAAUCUGGAUCAAGAAAGGGUCCUGGUAGGGCCGGUGGAGUUCUGGGCGACUGCGUUUUCGAUGGGGCCAUUUCGAGGAGGAACUCCCAAGGGCGAGUGAGUACUUCAAGCAUGGACAGCUUUGCGUCUUCGAAUAGCUCGCAGUCUGGGUACCCACGUCAGAAGCCUGGUCAUUUUUCUCCGAGUCAAACUUCUCCGAGCCGACUUGGCCCCCAGGUUUCUCAUGGUUCUCAGCAGCAGCGUCAACCAGGAGGUAACCAGCAGCAACAGGCGCAACAUGGGAGGCAGCAAAUAUCACCAGAGCAAACUCCUGUGCACCCUGUCCAUCAGGGGUCCAUGAGGCAGGUGUCCGGGGAAGCGGGUGGUGCAGUUGCUGGAACAGCAUCGUUUCAACAGCGUCAGCAGGUUUUCCUGUUUCAACAACAGCAGCUUCAGAACUCUUUUCACCACCAGCAGUAUGGGACGGUUCACGCACAUCCCGACGCGCGUUUUUCAGGGUUGGGAGUGGGGAACCUGAAGAGCGAUGUGAGUACGCAUGGGAGCCUUUUACAGUCUCCCCAGAAGGAUAAUAGGGCACCACACAUGGGGGCGCCUCACAAUGCUUAUUCUUCUGGUGGUGUCGCGGCAUCGAGAGUGAAUGGCGGACAAGGAGAUCCGAAUGCCAAUGCCCCUGCUGCAACAGGGAUUGCAAUGGCUGCAGGUAUAGGUCACGGAGGUUUAGGUUACGCAAUGCACGGCAUUCCACAUCAGCGUUAUUAUGGGGGAGAAGAGCUGCAGCACCAGUGGUCGAUUCCUCAGAAUCAAUUCUAUCCGAAUGAGCUUUACUUAGGACUAAAGCCCCCGAUCCCAGGUCGACGAUGAAUGAGGGCUUGUGACGUGGCGCAUGAGUGGAGUCACUUGAGCAGGCAUGCAAUGUGGCGACAUGUGCAUGCCUUGUUGGUUUGAGCACAAGUAUGAGAAAGUCCAAAAAUGGGGACUGAGGGGCUUGUUCAAGUAUGGCCCUACUUUGAGGCGUGUAUGAGACUUUCUGUGAGCUUCACAAAACAUCAGUGAUCAUCGACUAGCGACCAGCUCAUUACUGGUAUGUCAGCAGCGAGUAUUUGGCCUUUUAAGUUCGAAGACCUCAUCCAAUUUGGGCUGUCGACGAGUUGGGCAAAGCAGCCAUGUUGGAGUUGGUGGGCUUCGUUUUGCAUCUUCAGGGUGCCUUGGACAUAAAGGGGGUCCAAGUUUCCACUUGGUUGUGAGGAAUGCCUGGUUAGGGUGUUCACUCUUUGACAAUGGAAUGCUGUGUUUAGUGGGUGACGCAGCUUAUGUGCUGUACAAUAGAAAAUCGUGGAGUGUGGUAAUGGUUUUCGUAGGCAAAGCCGUUCAAAAUGCACCCAAUUGGUUUGAAACAAAAGCCCUGCUGACCUGGUUACAAAUAUCAGCACAUGGUUGAUAUGUAACGUGGCAGAGCUAUAUUCGAAUCAAGGAUAUUACUUAUUUAUUUCUAUACCGUCCACACACCACGGCAGGCAUGACAUGAUUGUCAUCAUUUAUGUGUCAAGGCAUAACCUAUCUGAUAUCCUGAAGGAAUGCGUGUUUUUGUUGAAUCACGCAAUCUUAUAUUUGAUGACAUGUUUACAUGUGAAGAUGCAGCCUCAAA